AUGGCGAUAAUGGAGCUUUCGGGCCCUCCUCAUCGCCCGUGGGAAGGCACACGUACCGCUCACCAGGCCCCGCAGCCUCAAAACGGCCAGGUCCUACCGUCGAUCUCGACUUUGACUGCCAGUAUGUCCUUGGGUUCUAUCACCUCUGCAGAGAAGUCCCCAGCCCAGGCUACACUUGAAAGGGACUCGGGGAAUUGGUCCAUGUCCCAAAGUGCCCGUUCAUCGACGUACUCGAGCACAACGAACGGUACCAACGGAUAUCACCAUGGCUCUUUUAUCCCUUCGUCGCAAGCACCACAGAUCCCUACUGAGCCACCAGUUACUCCAGUUUCAAAUGGCCCAGCGCAAUCUCCCAGUUUCUCCUCACAACCACCUAAUACAAUGCUACCCUCGAUUAAUCAAACAUUCGAGGGCUCACAGCGACCAGAAUAUCCGGAGUCCCGUCGCAGUAGCCUUGAUAGCAGAAUGAACCAAGGUCUGAGCUCCUUGGCUAUUAACCAAGCCUCGCCAUACCAAAGCGCCAAUGUAUCUCAGACCUCCAUUGUAUCUGGCCUGCAGAGAGAACGGGGGAUUUCAGGCGACUAUGGAAAGCCACCCACAACACACCGUGGACCUCGCUAUGUAGGAAAUCAACCCCUAUCACCGCUGGGUCCCCGGGUCGGAGAGCAUCGAAGCUUUCCAGCUGGACGAACAGCGCCCGCCAUCAGCUCAAACCCCGAAGCAAAGAUUUACAAUGCUGAAACUCCUAUUCCGGGUAUGCCUUAUGCUUUCCCGGAUCCAUUUGUCGCACGCCCAGAUAAGCCAAGCCGAUUGUCGGAUCAAAUCUCUCGACGAGAUAGUGGCACAGAGUCGCUCGCAAGCAGCAGGUUUACCAAUGACAGUCGGCUGCCGCAGGGCCAGCAUGAACUACCACAAAGCGUUCACCACCACUCUCUGCAUCACAAACAGGUCCGGAAUUUGAUGGGCGAGAGUGAGCCUCCUAAUGGCUCUACUCCCUAUAGCCGAACCCCGGAGUUAAGGAUAUCUCAUAAGCUUGCUGAAAGGAAGCGACGCAGUGAGAUGAAGGAUUGCUUUGAAGCACUCCGUACCCGGCUACCUUCCACCCAAAACAACAAAUCAAGCAAGUGGGAGACUUUGAAUAGAGCGAUGGAUUAUAUUUCUCAACUAGAGAAGAACCUUACACAAUCUCAACACGAGCGGGAUCAACUACGAGCCGAAGUUGAGGAGCUCCGGCGGUAUGCCACCCAGCAACAACCAACAUUAUCUAGGCAAACAUCUGCGUUUGAUAUCCCUCACCCUGCCCCAACAUUGCAACCAAAUGGCAUAGCAAACUCAGCACAGACACCGACCUCCUUGUUCUCCUCACCCUUUUCAGCUGGAUCGAGCACUUCACUUGUCCCCCCACCCACACAUCCUCCGACGCAAGACCCAUCCAGAACACUGCCCCCACUCGUAAACCAACCCCUUGCUCCAAUGCAAGGUGUGCAGUAUACUGAUGGAAGAUAA